AUGUGCAACGUCACUUUCUUCAAGCAAAAAACCUGCAACCACAUCUGGGCCGUCAUCGCAACUCCCUGCGGCCCGUACAUGGAUUUUUCCACAUGCGCCAGCUUCUGCGGCGGCGGCAGCGGCAACGGCAUCAGGAAGACGCCGAAAUUUUACAAGACGAAAAGUAGAGCGUGUCCAAAGUGUGAUUUGGGCGGAAUGUAUGAUGGACGGGUGGUGCGAAUGGUGGAGAGGAUGGGCUGGGGAAUUCACUGGGGCUUGGAUCCAGAGGGAGGAGACUGGGCUAUUGAGAUGAGAAUGGGAGAGGCGAGAGGAUGUGUGAUUUUGUGA